AUGCCAAAGACUAGAGGAGGCCUUUCCGCCUCCCCAUCAUCACCGACACCUCGACCACAUCAAUCCACCAUGGGAGGUGCCGCUUCGCCACCUGUUCAGGACCCGGCCAUUCCCCCAUCUGAGGGGGGAACCCCUUCUCAGUGCCGAUACCCCACCAGGAGGCCACCCACUGAACCUAUGCCACCUGCAGACCAAGCUAAGAGGCCUGCUUCUCGGCCCCCUGCAAAGAGAACCAAGUUCUCGGGUACUGGAGAGCCAUCCCAUGCGCCUCAAGCAGAGCCGCCUACAGAGGACUCUCAGAUUCCUGUGGGUAUUCCUCCCGAGACCGUUAUCAGGUGUCCCAUGAUAGCCGGACCACCGAUAGAGGGCAACCUGGAUUGCCGAGAUCGAUCCUUCCACUCCGAGACCUACUUUGAUAUAGAGAUUUUAGAGCACCUGGGCUAUCCUGAAGAGCCCCGCCUUGAGAGGCGCGGCCAUUGCCGAGAGGACUUCUCUCUCGACAAAUGGCAUCACUUGACAGCCUACUUUGCACCUCCGGGAGCUCCAGCUGAGCUUGCACCUCACGGACCCCCAGUUAUGCCCCCACCUCCAAAGCUACCCCGAGAUCAGCAGCUACCUCAAGCCCAGCAGGAUGAGAUUCUCACUGACACUACACCUCCUGCCCCUGCAGCACACACCUCAGUGCAUAUGCCUGAGGCUAUACAUCCUACUUCUCCUCUCACUCAGGGUGCUCCACCAGUAGUCCCAGCUACCCCAGCACCUCCUCCUUCAUCUGAGCCCACUCUCACCGUUUCUCUUACAGAAUUCAGAGGCUUAGUGUCUGCACCAUCCGAGCCUCUAGUCCUAGAUGAGGAGAGUUUACCAGCUGAGCAACCCAUAUCAGCUGAGGAGAUCAGAGCAGAGCCAUCACAUGAUCCCACUACUAGCUGA